AUGACAGAAGACCAAGAGUUGAUGGCUAAGAUCAGCCAGUUAGCUGGCCAGAUCAACAGGCAUAAAAACCAGACACCUCAAGCACAGGCACAGGCACAUCCUGAUAGCGACCUUCAUGCUGGUCCGUACGUGUCACGGCACACCCGCGCGCGCGCCGGGUGGGCGCCGUAUCGCGGACGACCAUAUGGACGCGGACGCGCUGCAGCUCCCCAUCGCCACCGUACUCUCGUCCUCAAUAACGCGAACUCAGGGAACUCAGCCGGUUCGACGCCCGGACCAACAAAAGAGAAUGUUGGCGAACCGCGAUCGGUGACGCCGAACGGCUGGGUUGCGAAACGCGACCGUCAUAUGCAGUUGAUCAACUCGGCUAUUUACGAUAAGGAAGCACAGGCCAGAGCGAAGGCGAUGGAGCAGACGCGCAAGGCCAAAGCCGAGAAAAAGGCCCAGAUUGAGCAGGCCAAAGUUCUCCGUUACGCGCAGGGCUUUGGUGGACCUCGUCAUGCUACUUCUGUGGCCCCUCAGGUUUCUGCCACCACCCAACCCCAGGGUGAAUACCAGGUCUAUCUGAAUGAUAUCCCUUUCAGAAUUGCAAAAGGCGGCAGUAAACUGGUUCGCGUAUCUGACGACCCGAAUACUGCCAACAUCACACCAAAGAAAGUAACGGUUGCUGGUGUGACUUUCGUCAGGAGCAAGAACGGAAACCUUCAUCGACUCGGAGCGGUGACCUCGAGAAGAAAACCGACGGCAGUCAAGAAGAGAAACGAGCUCUGCAAACGAUUUACUUCGACGGGUGCCUGUUACAAAGGACCAUCAUGUCCCUUCAUUCACGAUCCGAACAAAGUCGCCAUUUGCAAGGAAUUUUUGCAGACUGGUAACUGCGCCGCUGGUCAAAAUUGCGACUUAUCCCAUGAACCAUCGCCCCACAGGUCCCCUGUUUGUGUGCAUUUUCUGAGAAAUCGGUGCUCGAAUCCGGAUUGUCGAUACUCCCAUGUGCGAGUGACACCUGGCGCACCCGUGUGCAGAGAUUUUGCAAACCUAGGAUACUGUGACAAGGGCGCUGAAUGUGAGGAACGACAUGUCCACGAAUGCCCAGAUUAUGCCGCCACCGGCGUCUGCAACAAGAAACGCUGUCGUCUGCCCCAUGUCGACCGGGCUGGCCAAAUUCGAAAGAAUGCCGCGACUAAAGCAGAUGCCGUGGACGAGGAAGAGUCUGACGAGUCAAGCGAGGAAGAAGAGUAUGACGCCAUCGACUCGGAUGACGUUGACUCUGACGACCUCGAGGAUGAGCCUGAAUACGUUGAAGGAGCUGACAAUGGCGAGCAGGAGCUCUUCCAGCAAAAUGACUUCAUCCGCUUCUAA